AUGGUGAGAGACUCUUCUAUCGCUUUGAAACCCAUAUUAUCUUAUUCAGAUAAUAAUAGUACAAAACAGAAUAGCUUAGAUAUUGAGGAUGAAACCCCUCUUAUUGAAAAUGAAUUCCAUGUUUUUAUAAAUCUUUAUUUUCUUCUUGUGGCAUUAUCUCAAUUUAUUCCUUCUUUGAGAACAGGAUAUCUUAUCACAUAUUUUGGUCCUUUGUGUUUUGUAAUUUUGGUCACUAUGGGCAAAGAAGCAUAUGAUGAUUGGAUAAGAUAUAGAAGAGAUCGUGAAAACAAUUCACAAAAAUAUGAAAUAUUAACGCAAAAUGGUAUUAAAAUAGUACCAAGUUCCAAGAUAAGAGUUGGUGACUUGGUCAUUAUUCAUAAGGAUCAAAGGGUUCCUGCUGAUUUAAUAUUAUUAAGAACAACAGAGACUGGUGGCGCAUGUUUUAUUAGAACAGACCAAUUAGAUGGUGAAACUGAUUGGAAAUUAAGGUAUUACAAUAUCCACGUUGCAGUACCUUUCUGUCAAAAAUUACAAUCAAAUGAUAACCUUUUAGAAGUCAAUGCUGAUAUUUAUGCCAUGGAUAAUAUGACACCACAAAUUGAGGCUUUAAAUGUUGAGAACACUUUAUGGAUGAAUACGGUGUUGGCAUCAGGUACUGCUAUUGGAUUUGUAAUAUACACGGGAAAGGAUACUAGAGCUGUCAUGAACACAAGUCACCCAGAAACUAAAAUUGGGUUAUUAGAUAAAGAAAUCAAUCGAUUAUCCAAGAUUCUUUUCCUUGUGACACUGUUGUUGUCUUUUACACUUAUUGCAUUAAACAAUUUUCGAGGUCUUUGGUAUAUUUAUUUAUGUCGAUUUUUGAUUCUUUUUUCUUCAAUCAUUCCUAUAGGUCUUCGUGUCAAUUUAGACAUGGGUAAAAGUGUUUACGCAUAUCAAAUAAUGCAUGAUAAUGAAAUUCCAUAUACAAUAGUCAGAACUAAUAUGGAAUUAAAAAAACUUCAUAUGGGAACUAUGUCCUAUAGUUCAGAUACAAUGGAUGAAAUAUCUUCACAAUUGGAAAUUGCAUUUGGACAACCAGGCAUAUAUAAAGAAAAUUUUUUUUAUACAACUCGUGCUUCAACAUCUCUUCAAACACCAUCUUUAGUUGGAAAAGGUCGAAGAGAUAUGACAUCAAGAAUUAGAGAUAUUAUCCUUGCACUUGCUUUAUGCCAUAACGUAAUAAAAGAAAAUACUUUUAUUAAUUUAAUUUUCAUUUGA